GGAAGCAGGAGCCUCUGCGAACAGCAGCAAAGUGCACAGAGCAGUAGCAGCUGCGUUAGUCAGCCCCAGUUUCCUCCCAGGCCAUCAGUGACUAGAGCCGGGUAACAGAUUUGACUUCCAAGAGCCUCACUCGCACCAUUGCUGCAGUACACUGCUCACAUUCAGUGGCUUUGCUGGGGGCUGGCAUCCUCUGAGACCUGGAGGACACACAUGCAAUGGCGCCCUGGCGCAAGACUGAGAAGGAGAGGAGCGGCGUGGCCAUAUACAAUUUUAAAGGUGCAGGAGAAUCACAGUUACCCCUGCAGAUUGGUGAUGUGGUCCAUAUAUUGGAGUCCUGUGAAGAUUGGUACAAGGGAUACAUAGCAAGACACAAAGGGUUCGAGGGAAUAUUUCCUAAAUCUUUUAUUCACAUCAAAGAAGUUACUGUUGAAAAGAAAAGAAAUACAGAGAACAUAGUACCUGCUGAAAUUCCAUUGGUGCAAGAAGUUACCACUACAUUAUGGGAAUGGGAAAGCAUUUGGAAACAACUCUAUGUGGCAAACAAAAAAGAGCAGUUCCAGCAGGUGCAAUCUAUGAUGUACGACCUGAUGGAGUGGAGGUCACAACUUCUGUCGGGAACACUGCCCAAAGAUGAACUGAAAGAACUCAAACAGAAAGUCACCUCCAAAAUUGACUAUGGCAACAAGAUACUUGAGCUAGAUCUAAUAGUUAGAGAUGAAGAUGGAAAUAUCUUGGAUCCAGAUAAAACCAGCGUCAUUAGCCUAUUUCAUGCACAUGAAGAAGCUACUGAUAAAAUUACAGAGCGGAUUAAAGAAGAAAUGUCAAAGGAUCAGCCGGACUAUGGAACGUAUUCCCGCAUCUCCUCAUCCCCCACCUACAGCCUUUAUGUCUUUGUAAGAAACUUUGUAUGCCGAAUAGGAGAGGAUGCAGAACUCUUCAUGUCAUUAUAUGAUCCGCAGAAACAUACAAUUAUAAGUGAAAAUUACUUGGUGAGAUGGGGGAGUAAAGGUUUUCCAAAGGAGAUUGAUAUGCUCAACAAUCUGAAAGUGGUGUUCACUGAUCUUGGAAACAAAGAUCUUAAUCGAGACAAAGUUUAUUUGAUUUGUCAAAUAGUCCGGGUUGGAAGAAUGGAUCUAAAAGAUAGCAAUACAAAAAAAUGCACUCAAGGAUUGAGACGGCCUUUUGGUGUGGCAGUUAUGGAUAUUACAGAUACCAUAAAAGGUAAAGCGGAAAGCGAUGAAGAGAAGCAGCAUUUUAUUCCCUUUCAUCCGGUGAUGGCAGAGAAUGAUUCUUUGCACAGUCUCUUAGGCAAAGUCACAGCAUCAAAAGGAGACAGUGGCGGGCAAGGUCUGUGGGUAACUAUGAAAAUGCUUGUUGGAGACAUGAGUCAGAUUAGGAAGGACUACCCGCAUCUUGUUGACAGGACAACAGUUGUUGCAAGGAAGCUGGGAUUCCCUGAAAUAAUCAUGCCAGGGGAUAUAAGAAAUGAUAUUUAUGUUACACUGACUAUGGGUGAUUUUGAUAAGUACAAUAAAACAACCCAGAGAAAUGUGGAAGUGAUUAUGUGUGUCUGUGAUGAAGAAGGAAAAGUGAUACCAAAUGCAAUUUGUUUGGGAGCAGGGGACAAACCUGUCAGUGAAUACAGAUCAGUUCUCUACUAUCAGGUCAAACAGCCACGCUGGAUGGAAACAUUAAAGGUGGCAGUCCCCAUUGAAGACAUGCAAAGAAUACAUCUGCGUUUCAUGUUCAGACAUAGAUCAUCUCAAGAGUCUAAAGACAAAGGAGAAAAGAAUUUUGCAAUGGCCUAUGUAAAGCUAAUGAAGGAGGAUGGUACAACUCUUCAGGAUGGCUCCCAUGAGUUGAUAGUAUUAAAGGGUGAUAGUAAGAAAAUGGAGGAUGCUGGUGCUUAUCUGACUCUACCUUCCUGUCGCCAACAUGUGGAGAAUAAAGGAUUGACCUUAAGCCGAAGUGCUAGCAGUGUAGGAGGACUCUCAGUAAGCACACGGGAUGCCUUUUCUAUUUCAACUCUGGUUUGUUCAACAAAGCUAACUCAAAAUGUGGGUUUACUGGGUCUUUUGAAGUGGCGCAUGAAACCAGAACUGCUACAGGAAAAUUUAGAAAAACUGAAGAUUGUGGAUGGGGAGGAAGUUGUGAAGUUUCUCCAAGAUACUUUGGAUGCCCUGUUUAACAUCAUGAUGGAACAUUCCCAUAGUGAUGAAUAUGACAUUCUAGUCUUUGAUGCCCUGAUUUAUAUAAUAGGACUUAUUGCAGACAGGAAAUUUCAACAUUUCAAUACUGUUCUGGAGGCUUAUAUACAACAGCACUUCAGUGCAACUUUGGCUUACAAGAAACUAAUGACGGUUCUGAAGACUUAUUUGGAUACUUCCAGUAGAGGGGAACAAUGUGAGCCUAUACUAAGAACUUUGAAAGCACUGGAAUAUGUGUUCAAAUUCAUUGUUCGGUCAAGAACAUUAUUUUCACAGUUAUAUGAAGGAAAAGAACAAACAGAAUUUGAGGAAUCUAUGAGGAGACUCUUUGAAUCCAUCAACAACCUUAUGAAAAGCCAGUAUAAAACUACUAUUUUGUUGCAGGUUGCUGCCUUGAAAUAUAUACCAUCGGUCCUCCAAGAUGUUGAAACAGUCUUUGAUGCCAAGUUGCUUAGCCAACUACUGUAUGAGUUUUACACUUGCAUCCCACCAGUAAAACUACAGAAGCAGAAAGUGCAGUCCAUGAAUGAAAUAGUACGCAGCAACCUCUUUAAAAAACAAGAAUGCAGGGACAUUCUGCUUCCAGUGAUUACAAAAGAACUGAAAGAAUUACUAGAACAAAGGGAAGAGCAACAACUUCAACUUCAAGAGAAGAAGUACUGUGUAGAAUUACUCAAUAGCAUUCUGGAGGUCCUCAGCUAUCAAGAUGCAGAAUCAACUUAUCAUCACAUUCAAGAACUAAUGGUACAACUACUACGCACAGUGAACAGGACUGUUAUUUCAAUGGGGCGAGAUGACACCUUGAUAAGUCAUUUUGUGGCAUGCAUGACAGCAAUCUUAAACCAAAUGGACAACCAGCAUUACUCCUUUUACAUUGAAACCUUUCAGACAAAUUCAGAACUAGUGGACUUUUUGAUGGAAACAUUCAUCAUGUUUAAAGAUCUCAUAGGAAAAAAUGUUUACCCUUCGGACUGGAUGGCAAUGAGCAUGGUGCAGAACAGAGUGUUUUUGAGAGCGAUCAACAAAUUUGCUGAAACCAUGAACCAAAAAUUUCUGGAAAAUAUGGAUUUUGAAGUACAGCUGUGGAACAACUAUUUUCAUCUGGCAGUGGCUUUUAUUACCCAGGAUUCUCUGCAACUAGAACAUUUCUCCCAUGCAAAGCACAAUAAGAUCCUGAAUAAAUAUGGAGAUAUGAGACGUUUAAUUGGCUUUGCUAUCCGUGACAUGUGGUACAAACUUGGCCAGAAUAAAAUCUGCUUUAUUCCGGGGAUGGUUGGACCAAUCUUGGAAAUGACUCUGAUUCCAGAAGUAGAGCUACGAAAAGCUACAAUCCCAAUCUUCUUUGAUAUGAUGCUCUGUGAAUAUCAUAAGACAGGAGAAUUCAAAAAGUUUGAAAAUGAAAUAAUUUUGAAUUUGGAUCAUGAAGUGGAAGGAGGACGUGGAGAUGAGCAGUACAUGCAGCUGUUUGAGUCAAUACUCAUGGAAUGUUCUUCAGCGUAUUGUGACAUUUCCAAGACAGUUGAAAAUUUUGUAAACCUAGUUAAAGGGCUUUUGGAAAAGCUGCUGGAUUACCGAACAGUGAUGAAUGAUGAGAGCAAGGACAACCGCAUGAGCUGCACUGUCAACUUAUUGAAUUUCUACAAAGACAUUAACCGUGAAGGGAUGUAUAUAAGAUACUUGUAUAAAUUGCGAGAUCUUCAUUUAGACUGUGAGAAUUAUACAGAAGCUGCAUACACCCUUCUACUCCAUACCUCGCUGUUGAAGUGGUCCGAUGAACAGUGUGCACCUCAAGUUAUGCAAACAGAAUUCCAGUAUUCACAGACUCAUCGACAGUUGAAAGAGAACUUGUAUGAAAAAAUUAUAGAAUACUUUGACAAGGGAAAGAUGUGGGAAGAAUCAAUAUCCUUAUGCAAAGAGCUAGCAGAGCAGUAUGAAAUGGAAGUUUUUGACUAUGAACUUCUAAGCCAGAACCUGAUUCAACAAGCUAAAUUUUAUGAAAACAUCAUGAAAAUUCUGAGGCCUAAACCAGAUUACUUUGCUGUUGGAUAUUAUGGCCAAGGAUUUCCCACAUUUCUCAGGAACAAAGUGUUCAUCUACCGUGGGAAGGAGUAUGAACGGAGAGAAGAUUUCCAAGCACAGUUGAUGAGCCAGUUCCCAAAUGCAGAGAAGAUGAACACCACCUCAGCCCCUGGAGAGGAUAUGAAAAACUCUCCUGGUCAAUACAUUCAGUGCUUUACUGUGCAACCAGUUUUGGAGGAGCAUACUAGAUUCAAAAAUAAUCCAGUACCUGAUCAAAUCAUAAACUUUUACAAAUCCAACUAUGUUCAACGAUUCCACUACUCAAGACCAGUCAGGAAAGGAUCUGUUGACCCUGAAAAUGAAUUUGCUUCUAUGUGGAUUGAGAGAACAUCAUUUGUUACAGCUUACAAACUUCCUGGAAUUCUGCGUUGGUUUGAGGUUGUCUCCAUGUCACAAGCAAUCAUUAGUCCACUGGAGAAUGCCAUUGAGACAAUGUCCAUGACAAAUGAGAAAAUUUUGAUGAUGAUUAACCAGUACCAGAGUGAUGAAAAUCUUCCCAUUAACCCUCUCUCCAUGCUUCUGAAUGGAAUUGUUGAUCCAGCCGUCAUGGGAGGCUUUGCUAAAUAUGAAAAGGCUUUCUUCACCGAUGAGUAUGCCAAAGACCAUCUAGAGGAUCAAGAAAAGCUGAACCGACUCAAAGACCUGAUUGCUUGGCAGAUACCUUUCCUUGGGGCUGGAAUUAAGAUUCAUGAAAAAAGGGUUUCUGAUAACCUUCGUCCUUUCCACGACCGUAUGGAGGAGUGUUUCAAGCACUUAAAGAUCAAAGUAGAAAAACAAUAUGGAGUCAGAGAAUUGCCAGAUUUUGAUGACAAGAGAGUAGGUCGGCCGAGGUCAAUGCUGAGAUCUUAUCGCCAGAUGUCAGUUAUUUCACUGGCUUCCAUGAAUUCAGACUGUAGCACCCCAGUCAAAAUGGCCUCAGAAAGCUUUGAACUGGAAGUAGCACCACGAAAACCAACCAAAUCAGAGUCAGAAGAAAAUGUCCUGCAGAUAAGCACUCAACCUGAGGUUAAGUUGAGAAGAUCCAAGAAGAGAACAAAAAGAAGCAGCGUGGUAUUUGCAGAUGAAAAAACAGCACCCGAGCUUUCCGAUAUGAAAUGUCUGUCAAGGAAAUACGAGUUUAUGAGUGACACCAACCUCUCUGAACAUCUGGUAGCACCUCAGAAAACAUCUGUUCUCAAGCAAAUGAGCUUUGCCAGUCGUUCUAUGCCAACUAUACCAGGGUUAACUCUGUCAGUAGUCUGUACCCCAGCUCCUGAUGAAACAAGUGCAUCACAAAGGCUAAGCCAGCAAAUUUUUCCCUCUACCUCAGAGGGAGAUAAGAAGACCCUGAAAAAAAAGAGAGUGAAUCAGUUCUUUAAAACAAAGCGCAUGUCCAAACCACCUGAAGAUGGAAAGCACUCCGGAGAGCGCCAUUCUGAAUCCUUAUCCACAGAGCUGUGAAUUCUUUCCCUUACAAAACAAAUAAUUUCCCAGCAAAGAAACAAAACAAAAAUCACUAAGUGAGACUGUUUUUGAGCACUCUCCUUUGAAGAGAAUGGCAUUGACAUAGUAUUUGGAUGAUAGACAAUACAUUGAAGUGUAAUUCACACCUAAGGCUCUGUAUAAUUAAUUAAUUAUAAUACAGAUGUUAGGAGAAAUUGAAAAUACAUAGCGAUCAUGGAACCUGCUGCAGUAUAGUAAAAGGUAUGCGUUAAAAAUACCACAGUGAUCCUCUUUAUUACAGAAGUAAAAGGCAAGGUAUGCUCAAUGGGGAUGAAAUUCACUCCAGUGGAGAGAGCUCCUUGUGGGUCCUCUGCAUGGGUGAAUCAUAGGGCCUGUCUAUACAUGUCGGUAUAACUUAUGUCGCUUAGGGGUGUGAAUAAGCCACCCCCUCAACCCCCGAGUGAUAUAAGUUACACCAACUUAAGUGCUGGUGUGGACAGCUCUAUGUUGAUGGGUGAAGUUCUCCCACUGACAUAUCUAUUGCCUCUCAUGGUAAAUACAGCUGCGCCGCUGUAGCCCUUCUAGUGUAGACGAGCCUUUAUUUAAUAGAAAGCCUCAAAGAUUCAGUCCAGUCCUAUUCAAAGCACAUGGAAGUUGCACCAUUUACGUCCAUGGGAGCAGUAUCCGACCCUUCCUGCAACACCAUAUGCUUGAGGAUUUUUUCCAGAAUGGUCUAUCUGUUUUGUAUUGAAAACAUGCCUCAAAGUUUAUACACACACGUGAGUUUAUGUCAAUUCUGACUGUAUGGUAUAAGCAAAGCUGUAUUUUCUGCUGUUCAGCAAUAAAAUGUUAAAGGUUUCUUUUA